GAUAUUUCCCUACUACAUUCAAACACCAAUUUCGCGGCAUUAAACUCGUACAUUUCUAGCAGUAUUAUUUACACCGCUCAAUCCGAAAGUAACCCAGACAUAAUUGUCGUUUUCCCGUGGUUUCCAGCGAAGGUAUUUAGGCGACGGUGAGAAAAAAAUUGAAUGGCAAAGACUAGUCACAGCUAGUCGGCUUGUUUUCUCACAGGAUUCGUAGUUAAUUCUGACGACUUUUACCUAAACUAAACCCCUUAAAACGACCACUUUCUUGUUAGAAAGUAAUAACGCAAGCUUUUAUCCCUAUGUAGGGGGAAACUCUCCCGUCAAACGUCUCACAUAUUGUUGCAGAACUAGCCCGAAGAGCAGUUUAAAUCGUCAUAACAGCUUCACUAUAUUUAGCUCAACCUUCACAAUUUGAUUGACAUGCGUCAAUAUCCACCAUACCCGUCAGUUUUUGUCCUUUAAACUCAAAUGCAUCGGUAAAAAAUACUGUUAAGUGUGGCAAAUGUGGUGUGAGUGUUUGGUGGAGGGGCUGACAUGGUGCAGGACGGUGUGUAAGCUAUGAUGGCGACGUGACACACACACACACACACACACACACACAGUGAGUGAAGCGGGAAGGAAACACGCAGGGUAUGAAGAGGUUGUGUUUUCCUUCUCCCGUGACUGUUUUCUUUGUUUUACACCAUCAAGAUAUUAUAAGUGGCUCAGAUUGGAGGUAAAGUCAUGUCAAAACCAAUCGAGCUGGACUCCCUCAAAUAGCCAUAAAGAUGAAGGUAGCAGAUGAACCUGCCUACCUGACCGUGGGGACGGAUGUGAGUGCGAAGUACCGCGGUGCCUUCUGUGAGGCAAAAAUCAAGACUGUUAAACGUAUGGUAAAAGUUAAGGUUGUGCUAAAAGGAGACAGCACCUCACAAGUUGUCCAAGAUGACCAAGUCAAAGGACCUUUAAGGGUUGGCUCAACAGUGGAGGUGAAGAGCCCAGAGGGUGGACUUAGUGAAGCUGUCAUCAGCAAACUCACAGAUGCCAGCUGGUACACUGUCGUAUUUGAUGAUGGAGAUGAGAAAACUCUCAGAAGAACUUCAUUGUGUCUCAAAGGCGAAAGGCAUUUUGCAGAGAGUGAGUCUCUGGACCAACUGCCCCUCACUAACCCAGAGCACUUUGGCACUCCUGUCAUUGGAAAGAAGACAAAUCGAGGCAGAAGGUCUUCUCAAGCAGUUGCUGAGGAUGAAAAGGAGUCUUCAUCGAGUGAAGAUGAUGAUGAUGACAGGAGGAGACUCAACGAUGAUCUGUUGGGGAAAGUUGCAUGUAUUCAGAGCGAGUCUGAUAGUAAUUCCUGGUACUAUGCUCUGGUGGUAUCUCCAAGCUGCAAUGAUGACCUUACUGUUAAAAAGGACCAAUGUUUAGUGAGAUCAUUUGCCGAGUCCAAAUUUCACAUUGUGGCACGCAGAGAAGUUCAGGAAGUGAACCUCGACACUAUCUCCAACUCUGAAAAUUCAAACAGGAAAGGGGUUGAAGCAGCACAGCACUUCCUGAAGGACAGACAGGUCCCUGACAGCUGGAAGGUGGACUUGAGUGAGAUUCUGGAAUCCUCCAGCAGUGAUGAAGAUGACGAUGAUGAGGAUGUUGAAGGCAAAGAGAGUGAGGAGGAGGAGAAAGAGCCAGAGCCUGAGGAACCUGAUGAUGAGCCAGACCCAGAGGAGAGAGAUCACUUUCUACAGCAGCUCUACAAGUUCAUGGAUGACAGAGGAACACCAAUCAACAAACCUCCAGUGCUGGGAUACAAGGAUCUGAACCUCUUCAAACUCUCUCGACUGGUAUAUCUUCAAGGAGGCUUUGAUAAUAUUGAAAGUGGAUCUAUUUGGAAGCAGAUCUACAUGGAUCUUGGCAUCCCGGUUCUGAACUCUGCUGCCUCUUACAAUGUGAAAACAGCCUACAGAAAGUACCUGUAUGGAUUUGAAGAGUACUGCCGCUCAGCUCAGAUCCAGUUCAGGACGGUGCACCACAACGAGCCACGGCCAGAUGGCCAGCCGGAGGUGAACAGUAUUAAGACUGAGAAAAAAGAGGAUGAGGAGACAGAGGAAGUGAUGCAGCAGGUCAAAGCAGAGCCUGGACCCAGCGAGGACAAACCUCUGGCAGAUGGAGAUGAGUCAGAUGCUGAGAGUGAAAAGGGACAAAAAGAUAUCUGCUCACCCAGGGGCCGGCGGCGGUGCACAUUGACCCCUGUGAAAGUAGAGGGAAGGGAUUCAAAGGAGGAGAAGAAAAAAGAGGAGGCACAUGGAGCAGGAGAGUGCAGUGGAGAGGAGCUGAAGGAGAAAGCCGAUGGAGAAAAUUCCUGGAAACGCUACAGCCGUCACCUUGAGGAGUCUGAUGAUGAUGAAGAGCCGGAGGAUGAUGAAAAUGAAGAGGAAGAUGGAGAAAGACCCAGGCUCAGGGACAGAGAUGAAAGGGAGGAGGAUGAUGGCUGUGAAGACUCUGAGCACUCUAUGGCAGGCACUAAAGUCAAGGUGAAAUACGGCAAGGGAAAGACGCAGAAAAUCUAUGAAGCUAACAUCAAGAACACAGAGACCGAUGAUGGAGAGGUUCUCUACCUGGUUCAUUACUACGGCUGGAACGUGAGAUAUGAUGAGUGGGUGAAAGCCGAUAGAAUAAUAUGGCCUGUCGAUAAGGGUGGAACAAAGAGAAAACAAAAGAAAAAAGUGAAGAAUAAAGAGGAUGGAGAGAAGGAGAAAGAGGAGGAUAAACAGGCCAAAAUGGGGAUAAGGAGAGGCCGUCCGCCACUCAAGUCCACCCCUCCUGGCACUUCCCGCAGUGUGUCCAAAACCCCCAGCAGUGAGGGCCGAUCCAGCAGCAAAAACUCACAGCCCAGUGAUGCCUCUGUCUUGCCAAACGGAGAUGGUACACCUCGCCGACGCACAAGACGAACUUCUGGAAUGUAUGAUUCUGACAGAGGGUCUAAUGAUUCCGGGAACUCCUCAGAUGAUAGCGAAUGUGAGGACUCUCCGGAGAAGAAGCCAGAGUGGACCGAGAACACCGAUCCAACCCCAACAGCAAAUCAAGAGGCAGAAGAGGAGCUCCAAGAGGAGAGCACAAUUCCAGAACCUGCACAGCCUGAGCCCCAAUAUCCCAAUAGCCCUCAAGAGAUGCCCAACUUCCAGAACUGUUAUAAACCUGAGGAAGACACAUCCCUGUUUCCUGAGUCUGAUGACGGAUCUCCAAAAUCAAGAGCAAAGAAGCCUCGUCUAAGAGAUCCAGGGUCAGAAACUCCUACACAAACACCUUCCACUGCUAAUCACACUGAGACCGAGGAACCCUCCACACCUCCACGGCCUGUGAAGAAACCACAGGAAGCACCGCAUAGCAGUCCUAUAGAGAGAAUAGUUGAGGACACAGCCGGUUCAGACACAGACUCUGCUACAGAGGACAUCAUUCUUCCGGAACGAAGCAGCGCCGUUAAACGCAAAGCCACUGAACAGCGAACGCCAGAGAAGAAGGUUCGCUCAGACAGAAAGGAAGACCAUAAAGUGCCAUCUCCAAUGAAAACGCCGCCACUGGAGAAGAAAUCUGAGGUGGUUAGGAGCCCUGAGCCAGCACAGAAACCAGAAGAGCAUCCUACUCCAACAUUAUCAUCUCCCAGUAAAGAUCUUGAGAUGAAGUCUGAGAUGCCUGCUCUCACCAGAGAGGUGCAGAUCAGGGUGGAACCUCUGUGCACCGUGCUGGAGGAUUCUACAAGGGUCACAAAUGAGGAAAUGAUGCCUCAAAUUGGUCCAGAAGCACUGGUCUGUCAUGAAGUGGACCUCGAUGAUCCGGAGGAGAAGGACAAGCCAUCUGGUGAAGAAUUACUGAUGAUGAUGAAGGAACAGAAUGCUCAGACUCUGGAGCCUUCUGAUCACCUUCCUCAUGUUCUGGCUUUGGUAGAACCUCCACGUCUCUUUUCCCCUUCUUCUGCACCCAGCCCGGACGAAUCCCACAGCACUAAGAGUGAAAGCGAUGCCACCAUUGAGGUGGACAGCGUAGCCGAAUCACAAGAGGGUCUUGGGGAGAACGAAUCGACACAUAGCUUUGAUGCUAGUGCCAGUUCUAGCAACUCCAGCAUUUCGUUGCAGGAGCGAGACGGAAAGGACAGAGGUCAGAAAAGGUUAUUGGACUGCACUACAGGCUCCUCAGCCAAGAAGCAAAAACGUAGCCAGAAACGUUCAAGUGCUGUUUCUAAAACAGAGAAGAAUGGAGCAGGUCACAGUAGUGACAGUGAGGAUCUCUCAGCCAUGGACAGCUCGAAUAAGCUAACCCCAGUCAAGCACUCCAGCCUACCCAAGAGCCAGAAGCUUUCUCGAUCACCUGGUAUGGUUUCUCCCAGCAGUAAAGACCUGGAGAAAGACAAGCACAAAGAGAAGCAGUCCAUCCCUUCCCCCCGCACAUAUAAGUGGUCCUACCAGCUCACUGAGCUGGACAGCAUGUCAAGUACUGAGCGAGUAUCAUUCUUGCAAGAGAAGUUACAGGAAAUCAGGAAAUACUACAUGUCACUCAAGUCAGAGGUGGCAUCCAUCGACAGGAGGCGGAAAAGGUUAAAAAAGAAGGAGAGAGAAGUUUCCCACACCACUGCGUCCACAUCAUCUGGCUCGUCCGACAAUGGCAUGAGUCCGUCGUCAGCUUCCCCUACUCAGAACACUGUGGCUGUCGAGUGCAGGUGAUGGCACGCUUGUGCCCCGCCCCACCUCUGCCUUCUCAGCAUCCCGCUGCCUCUGUGGAGACAUGCAUACUGAUGAGCCAGAGCAAGCAGCCAAUAGCACUCGACUGCCCGCCGCCUCCAUGUCUCCUCCGGUUCCUAAUGGCCACUCCCACCUUCUGCACUUUGUAAACUGAUCCUGCCUCCUGUCGCUCACUGUCGCUACCACUAUCAGCACCAGGGAACGGACUCUACGUGAGGGUUGAAUGUAAUCUAUGAAAUCAAAGCUUAAAGAUUUAUCCAUCCAGAAAGAAAACAAUGGCACUUUUCACUUCUUUCCCCAGAAACCUCCUCUUACAGCUUCUGUGCAGCAGGGACUGAAUUUUGAUGCAGUAGUCAAUCAAUUGUAUGUUCUUCUAUCAGAACAUGGUAAGAACAUCAUCUACGAUCCCUAGGUAAUCGUCACUUAACCAGCUGGACAUGGUUAUUCAAAGAAAGGUCAAUUGUGCGCUUACUCCAUCAGAACUGCCAAAGUACGUGUGUUACAGCAGAGUGCCCUAUUUUGGAAAAGUAGGACAAAGUCGAUUGCAAAAGGGAAUGUAGUUUACUGAAAGCCGCCGUCUUCCACUUUAAGUGUGCGAGCACAUAGAAUUAUGCAAAACCUAUUUUUGUCGUCUUUUUAAGAAAAUGGAAAAUGGAAAGGAAAAAAAAAGAAACAUACAGAAAAUGUUUACAGUGGAACACGAAACCUGUUUUCAGUGGACUAAUUUCCUUUGCAAGUGGCAUUUUGUCUUUUUAUAUGUAACUGCAGAGUUUUUAUUUUAGUAUGGAAAAUUUCAAAAAGUAUAUAUCACAGCCGUGAAGUUAUUUAAUGAAAGAUUUCUAGAGCUGAAAUUUUUGUGUAAAAUAAAGGUAUUAUCUUGCAACUUGUUAAAUAUAUUUAUUCAGUCCGUGGACAGCAUUUUUGUAUUUUUUACAAGAUGAGAAUCACAUAAUCCUCCUACUUUCGCUUCAGUUGGUGGGGUAGAAGGAACAGGUGAAUUUUGUGGGGUCGUUUUGAGCGUGUCGUCACAAUUGAGUAACUACUGUGCAGUAAAACGUGUCCUCCCCCGUUUUGUUUCUCCAUUUGGGCCCAAAAUAUUUUGAGUAUUCCCAUGACCUUUAUGGAACACCAGAAAUGGCGACCUUCGUUUACCCCACUCUUUCUCAGAUUUCCUGGUACUUUCUUUGUUAUAAUUUAAACAUUUAUUCUUAUUUUGAUUUUCUUCUUAGUUCUUGACCAAUUGAAUAAUUCAGUUGAGACAAGUAUGGUAAGCCCAGGGGUUUCUUACUGAUUGUUCCUUUUGUAAAUGGAUCUUCCAAAACCAUGUAUUUGAAAAAUACAUUUUACACAAAACUGUAAAAAUGAUUUAUAUUAUUUUUUAAACAGUACAUCUUUGUAUAUUAAUUUUCCUUUUCUAUGUCAAGUUGGUAGAAGCAUUAGCACAUCUUUUGACUGUAUAUAAUCAACCAUUUAGCAACCUAAACCAAGCUGUCUAGAGUGAUGAACCCAUGACUAUGUUGAACAUUUUAUGCUGUAGGCAUCAAUGAAUACACUGAUGAGAUGAAAUUGUGGAAAAACUUGCUUUCCUGUGACUUCAGUUUAUUUACAGAUUCCUGGAUGAAGAAAUGAAGGCAUUAGGUUCCUGAGCAAAGCCAUUGUAUCUUAAUGUAAAAUAAGAGCUCUGUCAUUUCUAAUAAAGUUUUGAAAUAUU